UUUUCAUUGCAAAACCAAAAUAUUUUGACAACAUUCAACAGAAUUUAAAAUAACAAUGACGGGGCGGAUUUAUGGCAUUAUGACGUCAAUACCAACGGUAAUCAAUCGUCCGCUUGUUUACGCCACAUUGGUUGAUCAAAGCCAUAGCAUCAAGCAACUUUGAUCACCGUGUUCGACCGAUUGGUAGAAGAAGUUAAAAUACCCAAAAUAAAUCGAAUCGAUGAAGUGCAGCACGCACGACCGGCGAGGAACCUGCACGUGUUCGAGGAGCAAUGGUCAAGCACGGUAACCUAAUUUCGCUUAACCUUGUUGGAUGGAUGAAAGCUUGGUUUAAAAAAAGGAAGGACAUAUUCAACUUAAGUUAAUAAUCUGUGCACUCUGAGUGGAAGCUAUCCGUCGGAUAACUAUGUAAUUGUUUAGGUCUUUUCCCCCUCAUUUCCUUGUCGUAAUGAGUAGGCUCCUACAGCUCCAUGUGCUUCCCCCUUAUGUUCGAUUGAAAUCAGCGGGAAGGAGACUGGUUUGAUUUCAGUAUUCUUUUCUCGCACAUCUAACGAAUCGGCUUUGGAACAUGCCCCCAAGACACACGUGUUCGAGUUUACAAGAAAGACUCUGGAAAUAGGUCAGGGAUAGGAUACCCACACAGUGGCAGCAUGAGCGGCGAUAACGCCACAAAUGGCAGCGGGGUUGUGGACCCGGACAAAGAGUUCUACGAGCUGGCAGUCUUCAUCAAUGGAGAGAUCCUGUAUCCAUGUAUAUGUAUUCCCGGGUUACUCGGAAACAUCCUCACACUUGUGGUUCUAUCUAAGGCGAACAUGCUUUCCUCGACCAAUGCUUUCCUGAGCGCUUUAGCCGUGUCGGACAUGGUCAGUCUAAUCAACGACAUAAUCUACUUCUCAGUCAUGGUGCUGUCCAACUCAUGUCCAGAUAUUGCUUACCACAUUUACGUUCACUUCUAUCCUUUCGCACAUUUUGUGUUCAACAUAGCGAACUCUGUGUCGUCCUGGCUUACCGUUUCUGUUGCCAUAGAACGCUUUUUGCUGGUUUGUUUUCCCGCCAAAUCUCGAACAAUGUGCACGAGACCACGCGCUAUUGCUGGAGCUGUCAUCAUUAACGUUGUCAUGUUAACUGUAUCAAUGCCAUAUGCCUUCCGAUACAAAACAGUUCAAGUUUUCGACGAUCUGAAAAACCAAACUUCUCUGAAGCUCAAUUUGACAAGUCUAUGGCAGGGAGAUACCUUUUCUGUGUACUAUUCUUGGAGUAUAAACUUUCUAAGGUGCAACAUUCCACUUACUCUAUUGAUCAUCCUAAAUGCCUGCAUUAUCAAAGCACUCCUUAAACUCCGUGCCAAAAACAGAUCGCGAUACAUUCAUCGACAGAAGGUGACAUUUAUGCUGGUAAUUAUAAUUAUGAAGUUUCUCCUCUGUACCACCCCUGACGCCAUUUUGUCGACGUUUUACAAGUAUGGAUACACUGAGGACAAUUUUAAAGUUCGCGGAAUCCGAGAGUUUACGGACAUGCUUCUGGCUUUCAACGCGGCGACUAAUUUUGUUGUCUAUUGUGUUUUAAGCAUGACAUUUCGGAUGAAUUGCAAAAAACUGUUUUGUCACAAGGAAGUCCCGGCCGGCGAUGGAGGAGAUAGGAGAUCCGUGUACAAGCUAUUGUCGGACAGAUCAAUAUUUUGGAAACAAAACAAAAAAAACAGUUGUGGCCUUUGAGGUUGGGACAGGGAUCAUGCCAAUGUCCUAUGAAGUGAUAGGUGGCUUUUUGUUCUCAUUGAAUUAUUUGUUCCAUCCUCGCUUGUUCUAAAAUCUAUUCUAAGCCAGGUCUUUGUUUGCUUAAUGGGACAGAAAUAAUUUCACGAGUAAAGGAUGAAUGAUGAAACUAAACGUGUGAAGGCUUGCUGUCUCUACACAUGCAUUUUUCAACUGAAUUUUUUUUUAAAGAAUACAAAUAGAUAUUCCAGUUAAUUAAUAAAUCUGUUAUCAAAUGUCAGAUUAUGAUUGCGGUAUGACACCAGAAAUAUGCUACUGAAUGCAAUCUGCUGUUCCAGCGGUACUGAUACAUGUUUUAAUACUGUAAACGAAUCAAACUUUAGCUUCAACCAUAUUUUGGAGAUAGAUUUUUUAACAAGACUUAGUCAUUGUCAGUUUAAUGGCAUUAUACAUGGCACAUUGCAAUGUAUUUGCCGCAGUCCGAAAACUGCUGUUUGCCAAAAUAUUUCAAUAAAUUAAAUACCCAACUAACGUUAUUAGAUAUGUUAACAGUGGCUAAAUUCCCAGUUUUUAUCAAUCCCCUUGGUUCAAAUGUUUGAAAUCCUUGUAACAUGUAUUUAUUUAAUACCAUAUCAAAAAAUGAUAAAAAUUAUUUGCAUUUGCAAACUAAAAUCCUUCAGGAACAAUAUAUUUCCUUUUAUAUAAUGUGUCUUUCUCAAGCUGUUGUUGAUACAUCGUUGUGAUACUAGUAUAUAUACUGUUCUAUGGUUGAACAUACAUUGAAUGUGAAAUAAAUUUGAAUAUUUUUUUAAUAAAACGUGGAA